AUGAGUCGUGGGCGGAUCGAAGGGGGACUCACAGGCCGAGGAGCAAUGCAGAUAGUUAGCCUACAGUAGCGACAGAAAAAAAAACUCCAUCUGAAACUGUUGCUCGUUCCUAACAACUUCUGUAAUUCCUGCUGGUAACACGGGGAACAGGGCUGCUGACACUGUAAGUGACCGAAAGUGAGCGGCGGUUUCCAGCCAGAGGGAUUGCGAUGCCCUCUGACUUUAUCUCCCUCUUCAACGGGGACCUCGACCUCAAUUCUCCCAGAUCCCUGUACUCUAAAGAGUCAGUGUAUGACCUUCUUGCCGGUGAGCUGCAGUUGCCUCCCACCACUCAGCAGCACCCAGAAGUCAUGAGUCAAAAGAGCGGCGGAGAGGCAGGCCCUCUCCCUUCAGCUCCUCUAGCAUCAGAUGCCUUGUCCUCUUCUCUGACCACGAAAGGCCCUCGCAGUGCUUUUUCCACCAUCUCCAGCACCACCAUGCAUUCCAGCACUUCAACCAGUGACCCGAACUCGGCUCACAGCAGAAAUGUCGAUUCUGAGGACAGCAGGAGCAGCCGAGUGGUACCAGAGAUCAUUGGAGCCGAGUGUGGUAGUGGGAAAAGCAGCAACGGGGAGCUGUCCGGAGGACGAGGUGCAGCUUCACAGGAUGGCCAGGCACACCAUCUACUGACACCGUCCAAGCGCAACAUCCUCAACAUCUCCCCUCCUCCACAAGACCUGUUUGAUGAUAGCCACAUGUCCUGCCAGGGUGACGCAGCACCCUUGGACUCUGAGCAGAGUAACAGCAUCUGGAUGGAGGACUCCAUGUCAAACUUCAGCGUCAUGAGCACUUCUUCUUACAACGACAACACCGAGGUGCCACGAAAGGCCCGCAAGCGUACGCCUCGACAGAAGCCGGGACCUAAGGCUCUGCGCACAGUAGAAGCCAGCAUGGAUGUCUUCAAUGCAGACAGCGCCAAAGCCCCACACUUUGUCCUGUCUCAGCUCGGCCCAGAGAGCAAGACGUCAGCUAAAGGAAGCUCUGAUGAUCCUCAGACAACUAAUCAAAAGGGAUCAACCUUGACAAUGCAGUUCCCAUCCAAGUGUGAGGGGAAGGAGCUUAAAAUCCUUGUCCAGCCUGAGACUCAGCACCGGGCCCGCUACCUAACCGAAGGCAGCAGAGGCUCAGUAAAGGACCGCACCCAGCAAGGCUUUCCCACUAUAAAGCUGGAGGGUGUGACUGAACCAGUGGUUCUCCAGGUGUUUGUUGGAAACGACGCUGGGCGCGUGAAGCCGCAUGGAUUUUACCAAGCCUGCAGAGUUACCGGUCGCAACACCACUGCAUGCAAGGAGGUUGAUAUUGAUGGCACAACUGUGAUUGAAGUGUCCCUUGACCCAAGCACAAACAUGACACUGGCGGUGGACUGUGUUGGGAUCUUAAAGCUCCGUAAUGCAGAUGUCGAAGCUCGUAUCGGCGUCGCCGGGUCAAAGAAGAAAAGCACACGUGCUCGCUUGGUGUUUCGGGUCAACGUACCCCGCUCAGAUGGAUCAGUGCUCACUCUGCAGACUCCCUCCUCUCCAAUCCUUUGCACUCAGCCUGCAGGGCUGCCAGAGAUAUUGAAGAAGUCCCUGCACACUGGUUCGGUGAGGGGCGGAGAAGAAGUUUUUAUCAUUGGCAAAAACUUUUUGAAAGACACUAAAAUCAUAUUUCAAGAAAAUGUAAUAGAUGAGAAGUCGUGGAAGUCAGAAGCUGAAAUUGACAUGGAGCUGUUUCACCAGAAUCACCUGAUCGUGAAGGUACCCCCGUACCACAACCAGGCCAUCACCUCUCCUGUCUGUGUUGGAAUCUAUGUGGUGACAAACGCUGGCAGGUCCCAUGAUGUUCAGCCAUUCACCUACACUCCAGAUGCUGACAAUCUUGCAGUACAAAAUGAAAUUCCUGUAAAGAAGGAGAUGCCCUCUCCAGUUAAGACCUGUUCUUAUGAUGAGCAAAUCAAAGCUGUAGAUAGUGCCUUAAUGCCUUCGUUGCUGUCUUUAGUAAAGAGAGAAGAUAUCACCCCGAUGGAAGUGACAAACAACCUACAGGCCUCUGGAGUAUUUAAGCAGAAUGGAGAUCUUAGUGCAUCCCCACCCAAUCAAGAUGUAGAAACAUCACGUCUAAAUAACAACAUAGUCUUCAACAAUAACCUGCCUCAAUCUGCAGGUGAUCAAGAUAAAACCAAGGCUGCUGCUUUUACCAAUGUUGAACCUUUAAGCACCAUCCAGAAACAGGAUAUUGCCACUAGCAACUCAUUCCCUUUGCCUGCAGAGUCUUUGCUCUCACAAGGCACCCAGCAGUUCCUCUUGGAGCCCAGAGACGGUCUCAUGCGGGAGAGGUCAGGCAGCACUUCUGGAGGAGUAUCCAGGCUCUGUGUUGAACCUGCCCCCCAGCAGCCACAGCUGCCGCUCUUUCCCCCAGAUGAGGUUGCACAGCUGGAGGAGGCCGUGAGACAACUUAAAGCGAAAGGAUAUUGUAACUUACCCAUCCAGGCAGAAAACCCUAUCGCCGAACAGCAACAAAUCCAGCAACAGCAACAAAUCCAGCAACAGCAACAAAUCCAGCAACAGCAACAAAUCCAGCAACAGAUUCAAAACCAGCAAAUUCAACAGCAGCAAAUUCAACAGCAGCAAAUUCAACAGCAGCAAAUUCAACAGCAGCAAAUUCAACAACAGCAAAUUCAACAGCAGCAAAUUCAGCAGCAGCAGCAGCAACAACACAUCCAACACCAACAGCAGAUGCAAAACCAACAGAUUCAGCAGCAGCAGCAACAACAGCAGCAGCAGCAGGUUUUGGAGAAUUUACAACUCUUCCAGUCUCAGAUGCAGAUGCAGUGUGGCAUGUUUCAGGAUGCUGCGCAGGCCAAGAGCUCAGACCUGCAAGGUUCCCCACAGGGAGUGGUGACAAACCAGGCAUCACUUUACCCACCAGAGCAACAGCAGCAAAAUCAGCAGCAGCAACAGGCUGCCCUGUUUCAGCAGGCAAAUGACAUCUGUUCUAUGCAAACCGGCUUCCUCCAGCAGACCCCCACCCAUGCCUCACCAACCAUGUUCCACAAUCCCAGUCCUUUGGCUGAAACACAAGAUCCACAGGGAUCUAUUUUUCAGAAACCGUCCCAGGAGCAAGUCCAGGCUGCUCUUUUCCAGAACACCAUGACAGUGCUGCAGUCUCAAGAGCAACAACAAUCUCCCACACUUUUCCUUCCCCAAACACCGCUGCCCACCGGGCUUACAACUGGAAGUUCACAACAACAGCAGCAGCAGCAGGAGCAGCAGCUGGCCUUCCUCAAUGCUCUACAAUCCUCAUCCCCUGAACAGCAACCAGUAUUUCAGAACCAGGCCCAAAUGCCCCCCAUGCAGCAGAGAAGCCCCAUGGAGCAGCAGCAGUCACCUCAGCCUCCGCCACUUCCACAGCCUUCCCCACAGACGGCCAUGUUUCAGAACAUUUCUCCUCAUUCAUCUCCAAACACGCUUUCUCCUGGGCAGCCGCAGCAACAGCAGCCUGGCUUAAUGUUCUGCAACAACAACCUGUCCCCACAACCCCAAUCCUCCAACCUCAUCUUUACCAGUCAAGGCCAAAUGCCUCCCCUUACUACCAGCAGUCUGGUUCCACAGGACUCCCAAACCCCCUCUUUGCUGUUUUCCCAGGCCAGUAUGGUGACUGUAAAUCAGCAGAGCCAGCCUGAGCCCAUGGCUUUAGGGAAUCCCACCACUUCACCACAGCAAGUCAUGUUUCAGGAGCAGCAGCCAAUGCAGAUAGGCAACAGCCCCAACAACCAACAGGAGCAGCCAGUGGGUCUCUUCAUCCCUCCAUCCAACAUGCCUCCCAUACAGGGGGGGAUGGCUGUGCAAGAGCUCUCACAGCCAUCCAUGUUUGCCUCCCAGAAUGGUGUGGCAAACCUUCCGACCACCACCUCCUCUCCUGGCCAGCAGCCAGGCAGUCUGUUUCAACACACCGUGAAUGGGAGCAUCAGUCAGCCCAGCCAGCCUCAACAGCCUGGCCUCUUCAUCUUCGGAAUGCAAAACGAAUGUGGCCAGCUGAUGAACAAUCCCGGAAACACGGUUUCAGAUCAGAUCAUAGCAAUCAGCCAGUCUGGUCAGAACCAGCAAGAAAGCGAGGCCCGCAUCCAGUCCCUGCUCAGCCAGUCUAUAUCCCAGUCUGGGACCGCUGCACAGGGCAGCAUGGAGGUCUCUCAGAACAUGGAAAAGAUCAAUGAUCUGCUUGUAAGCCUGCAUGAACCAGGCGGCCCUCUCCAGCGCUCAUUCUAAGUGUUAUUAAUGUUGGUAGAUUUUUUUUCUCUUUUUUUUUUCUUUUUUCAAAGAAAAUCUGCAAAUCUGGGGGGAAAAAACCUGUUAAAUAUGCAGAAAGAUCCAAAUGUUAGUGAUUAUUACAUCUGGUUCUGCUCCUGCAGCACCGAGGCUAGAUUCACACAAGUGCCGACCUUUAUUCAACCAGUCUCUUCAGCCAGAAAUAUUAACGACUAGUCUAAAUAAGAGGGACUUUUAAAUCAAACUGGAUCAUUUCUUUAUAUACUUAAGCCUAGAUUUAGGCAUGGGCUGACUACGACCAAGAAAGCAUCUUUUCUGAGACUUCCUUUUACUAAAACGCGUGAAAAUAGUGACUAACACCUGAUGAGUCUGAUCAGACAAGUAGAAUUCAAACGUUCUUUCACCUGAACUUUUUUUUUUUUUUUUUUUACUGUAAAUAGCUGCAAUGUGAUGCUAUCUAUAGCAUAGCCUUUUUUUUUUUUUUUUUUGUAAAAUAUUUCCCAAAGAGUUGGCAGUUUUUGUAAUAUAUUCUCCUUAGUUUUUUUUCUACUUUAUUUCAUUAUAUUGCAUUAAAGAUGGAAUGUUUUGUACAGCAGAUAGGGAAAGACGUUGCGGGGUAUGUUUGGUUAAACUGGAAGGUAGCUACUGAUGUAAAUGGUGCAGAUCAUCAUAAAAGGUCCGAGAUGGAAAAAGAAAGCAAAUAAAUAUGAAGUUGAAGAAGAACGGUAGAAAGCAACAAUAGAGGUUUAAUGUAACUUGCUUAAUGUUUGCAGUGUAAAGCCGUUGCCUUAAGUCUGUUGAUGGCAAUAAAUUCAGUCUAAAUCUCUGAAAUACCACAAAAGGAGAUUUUGAUUUUAUUUAUUAUAUGUUAAAUAAGCUUUUUAAGUGCUAUAUAAAUAUAGAUAUAUAUACUGAUGUAUUUACAAGAACGAUGUAGUCCAUUUUACUUUUUAAGCAAGCCUUUCAUUUUUCUAGGUUCAUGCUCAACAUUUUACACUGCAGUGAAAAUGACUAAACUAAGUGACAUGUUAUUGAAUAUGAAACAUUUUAUUUAUUUUUUUACAUUAUCUAUAGCAAGUUGCAAAACAUGAUUCAGAUAUACUAUCACUGCAGUCUGUUAAAAUGAUAAAUGUGGUUAUGGAUUACAGCCUACUUAAAAAAAAAAAAAAAGGGCAUUCACAACUAAAACGUUUGCCGUCUUUAUCCCAAGAUUAAAAAGCAAGGCCAGGUUUUUGUGGAAAAACAAAUGAGAAAAGCACCUUGAAUUUCAUUUGGUUUUAAUUCCGCAGUUUAAAUAAAUUUAUACUUAUUUAGUUUCUUUUUUUUUUUUUUUACUCAUGCGUCAUAUAAGCAGCCAUGUUGUAGCUGUUCAUUACCAGAUACCUAGUUUAUUUUUUUAAACCACAUAAGAAAAGGAACAAAUGUGCAUUCUUUUUCUCUUAGAACGUUUAUUUUUAUUGGUUAGUUCUAUAUGUAUCUUCACCCAUAUACAGAUGGAGCAUUAUUUACUUAGUGCAUCACUAUUUCAGUUUGAUGGUUAGAUCAUUGCUUAUUUUCAAUGUCUCUGUUCGGUCGGCGCACAAGAACUGGAGUAGUAUUCGUAAACCAGCUAGAAAUGAGCCAUUUUCUCUAGUUUUGUAAAUACGUUUAAUUAACUAAAUGUUUAGGUGGAGAGAUACGGUGUCUAUAGUUCUACAUCUGACACCUUAUUGCAUUAAAAUGCUGAAAUUGUGCAUGUUGAUCAGUGACCUUAACACCAAAGUUUGACUCAAUGUGCACAUCCUAAUAAAACGCCAGUUUUAUGGCUCAUUUUUAUUUUGUUUUUCCUUUUCUGUUUUAGGUAAUUUUCACUUUUAAGAUUUGCUUCUCGACAUACCAAAAUGCGUUUUGUCCAGUUGCUUCACUUCACCGUUUUAUUUUGGGGUUUUUUCAAUCAUCAAGACAAACAGCUUGAUUGUCUGUAGUUUUUUAUUAGGUGCAUACACAAACAAAAAUCUUUUAUAAUGGUAGCUAUAUUGAGCUGCUUUUUUGUUUGUUGUUUUUUGUUUUUUUUGUACAUGUUGGAUCUCAUACAUUAGGACCGUUACAUUUAAGAUUCACUUUAAAAUCUCAAACAGCUUUGGUGUUCGGACGGAGUUCAUGUAAACUUGACUAAUGUGAUUUGUGGAGCUAGGACGGUUAAAGUAUUGUUUUGUUUGUUCUUUUGUGGUGUUUUAAAGGGACCCUACUCCUGAAGGAAGCGUGACUUGGGAGAGAAUAGCUAUCUGGCUUGCUUCAACUUGUGAAAUAGCUGAACUUAUAUUUCAAAUGUUGAAUAUUUAUGAUUUUCUUUGCUUUUGUUUGUAGAAAGAUGAUUAUAAAUGUAUGUUUCCUUUUUUUAAUUUCUAUAUUAGGUGCAUUUUAGCAGAGAAAUAUAUCUAACUUAUUUGUGCACUGGUGGUUCUUAGAGUUGUGUCCUGCAGUCAUGGUUGUAUUCCCUCUUAAUUAUUGAGGAAUGUGAUUAUUGCCCCCCCACCCCCGCCUCACCCAUUUACCUGCUAACUCCUUUUCUUGCUGGGAGACCCCAAAACUGGGACCAGUCUGCCACUCGUGAGGAGGCCACCUUGUUCUACUGUGACUAAAGUGAAUGUUGCGUUUCUGCACUUGGUAAUAUUUUAAUCAAACCUGGAUCGGAGCUUAGAAUGUUUUUACAGGGUCAGUUAUACCAGAGUUUACUGACUUGCUUGUGAUCUAUAUUAGUCUCCAGUUCAAAUUUUUUUGUUUUUAUUAAGCAGAAAUUAAUCUUUUAACUUUGUUUUCCACUGAUGAGGAUAAUUAUGGCGACUGUAAUUUCCAAAUUCUCCAAAGUGCCUGAGUGUGUUCAUGUUGUGUUUGCAGCUGUUACUAAACUUUGGAAAACCUCAGAUUGGAAGAGAAUGAGGGUGAACCAUCUUGUGCUGCUGCUGGUGGUGCCUUUUUAAGGAGAGUGGAAUGUUUUAUAUACUAUGAAUGAUGAACAUACAAAUUUCUGUGCAUAGUAAUCCUGUAUAUACCACCUCUAUGUACAUAUUACACAUAUGCAAAAGAUUUUUUCCGACCAAAUAGUUUUUAGCAGGACGAUAUGACACCAUGCUGUCAGACUCAGUAUUCAUUAUGAAUGUACUGCUCAUUUUGUGAAUCAUUGAUUUAUAAAGAAAAAUCUUCCUUAUAUCCAGAAUGUUUUAGCUGAACGUACUAAAGAGGUAAUUACUUCUCUUGUCUGCGUACGUAUGUUUUAUUACUAUCUUUGCUGAGAUAUAGAAAAGGAGAUGAUUUUUUUUUUCAUGAAAGUUCUCAUAUUUUUAGCUAUUGCAUUUGAAGUUUUUUUUUUU